AUGGAAUUAACCGGCGCAGAAAUUGUUUGCGAGAGCCUGCUUAAGGAAGGAGUGGAUGUAAUCUUCGGUCUUCCCGGUGGAGCAGUUCUGCCUUUCUAUGGGGCACUAAGCGGGUAUCCGCAGAUCCGACACAUAUUGGUUAGGCACGAGCAAGCUGCUGCCAUGGCUGCUGACGGGUACGCUCGCGCCACUGGCAAAGUAGGCGUAUGCACUGCUACUUCCGGACCCGGAGCGACCAACCUGGUUACCGGAAUUGCCGGCGCCAUGAUGGACUCUAUCCCCAUGGUUGCCAUCACGGGACAGGUGCCCCGCCCGGCUAUUGGCCGAGACGCCUUCCAGGAAACCGACAUUACAGGCAUCACGUUGCCAGUGACCAAGCAUAACAUCCUUGUGAUGGAAGUUGAUGAAAUAGCGCAGGCAGUAAAAGAGGCCUUCUACAUUGCCCGCACUGGCAGACCUGGACCGGUGCUGUUGGACAUCCCUAAAGAUGUCCUGGCCGGCGACCGGCGACCAUUUGAUUGGCCUGAGUCGAUCAGCCUGCAGGGCUAUAACCCUCCCGGGGAAGCCGAUGAACUCCAACUUUCCCAAGCUGUAGAACUGAUUAAUCAGGCGCAACGCCCGGUCAUCCUGGCCGGUCAUGGCGUGUUGAUUUCCCAUGCGUAUAGCGAGUUGAAGGAGUUGGCUGAGAAGGCCCAGAUCCCGGUUAUUACUACUUUGCUGGGGAUUGGUUCGUUUCCCACCGACCAUUUUCUUCACGCGGGAAUGCCCGGUAUGCACGGCAUGGCUUAUGCCAGUCUGGCAAUCGACAGUGCGGACCUGUUGAUUUCGCUGGGAAUGCGAUUUGACGACCGGGUAACCGGUCGCCUUUCCGACUUUGCCCCCAACGCCAAGGUCGUGCAUGUGGACGUGGACCCUUCAGAGUUUCAUAAGAACGUAAAAGCUACCGUGCCGGUUUUGGGCGAGUUGAAACAGGUGCUCAACCAAAUGCUGCCCCUGGUGGAGCGCAAGACUCACGUUGAGUGGCUGCAACAUAUUGACACGCUGCGCGCGGAGCACCCUUCGCUUUACAUUCGACAGACCGAUGAGCUGCUUCCCCAGUAUGUAUUGAAGCAGUUGUCCGACAUCACAGAUGGCCAGGCCAUUGUGGUUACGGGCGUAGGUCAGCACCAGAUGUGGGCCGCCCAGCAUUACGCCUAUAAGGAACCCAAUUCCCUUAUCACUUCCGGCGGGUUAGGAGCGAUGGGCUUCGAGGUUCCGGCUGCCCUGGGCGCCAAGGUCGGCAGGCCAGACAAGGUGGUGUGGUCCAUCGCAGGAGACGGCGGAUUUCAGAUGACCAUGUGUGAUCUCGCUACCGCAGUCGAAAAUAACAUCGAUGUAAAGUUUGCCAUCUUGAAUAACGGAACUUUGGGUAUGGUCCACCAGUGGCAGGAGUUCUUUUACGACAAGGACUUCUUCGCUACCGUCUAUUCCGGUAAUCCAGAUUUUGUAAAGUUGGCCGAUGCUUACGGUAUUAAAGGUAUUCGGGUGACCGACAAGACCCAGGUUGCCUCGGCAAUUCGGCAGGCCAUGGAAACUCCCGGUCCCGUCGUUUUGGACUUCAUCGUCAAGCAGGAUGAGCAGGUCUAUCCCAUGAUUCCGGCCGGCGAGUCGGUCAAUGAAAUGAUGGAAGAACCAAUCACCGAGAGGAUUUUCUAA